UAGCCUUACUGGUUAACAUAUUUUGUGUUUGUAUAUAUAACAGAAGAAUUCUCUAACUUUUCUUGUCUCAAGUCUUUGCUCUUCCAAAAAUGGAUGGUAUGAGACUAGGUGAAGAUUUGGAGAGUUAUUUCAUUUUGAGGUGCAGAGGAAACAGAGAAAAAAAUAAGGGAAACGAAUGGAGUGAUGGAAUGGGAGGACAGGUGAAACAAAUUUGCAUUUGGUAUGAUGAUUUGAUCUAUGGUAUUCAAGUCUCAUAUGAGAGAAAUGGGAAUAUUUUUCAUUCACCAAGGCAUGGUGGCAAUGAAGGAAAUUUUGAACAGAUACUUUUGAAUGAGCCAAUCACUUGUGUGAGGGGACAUUAUGGAUCAUGGACGUGGACGGAUGAUAAUUUUCCCUAUGUAGAGAAUGCACCCUAUGUCAACACUGUACUGAUCAAAUCACUUACCUUUGAAACCGGUAAAGCCACACAUGGACCAUUUGGGAAAGAAAUCGGCAUCCCCUUUAGGUUCAAGAUGGCUACCGGGUGUGCCGGAUUCCAUGGCCGGUCAUCUUCCGAUAAGGAUCAUGGUGUGCUCCUGGCUGUUGGCAUCUAUGUUAGAAGUUCCACCAUUAAACCAACCUCAGAUGUUUUUUCUCACAUAAUUGCACCGGUUCCUUCCGUAAUCCAUGCAAACGAAGACAAUGAAUGAUGACCAAUGUCAAUGUUGUUUAAUAUAUGAUAGUGUGUGUUUGUGUUUGUGGUCAAUGAUCAUUUAGA